AUGCCGUCUGUGGAUGCUGCUGUGCUGAAUGAAAGGGAUAUAUCAACUGACACCCCUACAGCACUAAUGGAUAUUACCACGUCACCGACUGUGGAUGCUGCUGUGCUGAAUGAAAGGGAUACAUCAACUAACACACCUACAGCACUAAUGGAUAUUACCACGUCACCGACUGUGGAUGCUGCUGUGCUGAAUGAAAGGGAUAUAUCAACUGACACACCUACAGCACUAAUGGAUAUUACCACGUCACCGACUGUGGAUGCUGCUGUGCUGAAUGAAAGGGAUAUAUCAACUGACACACCUACAGCACUAAUGGAUAUUACCACGUCACCGACUGUGGAUGCUGCUGUGCUGAAUGAAAGGGAUAUAUCAACUGACACACCUACAGCACUAAUGGAUAUUACCACGUCACCGACUGUGGAUGCUGCUGUGCUGAAUGAAAGGGAUAUAUCAACUGACACCCCUACAGCACUAAUGGAUAUUACCACGUCACCGACUGUGGAUGCUGCUGUGCUGAAUGAAAGGGAUAUAUCAACUGACACCCCUACAGCACUAAUGGAUAUUACCACGUCACCGACUGCGGAUGCUGCUGUGCUGAAUGAAAGGGAUAUACCAACUGACACCCCUACAGCACUAAUGGAUAUUACCACGUCACCGACUGUGGAUGCUGCUGUGCUGAAUGAAAGGGAUACAUCAACUAACACACCUACAGCACUAAUGGAUAUUACCACGUCACCGACUGCGGAUGCUGCUGUGCUGAAUGAAAGGGAUAUAUCAACUGACACCCCUACAGCACUAAUGGAUAUUACCACGUCACCGACUGUGGAUGCUGCUGUGCUGAAUGAAAGGGAUAUAUCAACUAACACACCUACAGCACUAAUGGAUAUUACCACGUCACCGACUGUGGAUGCUGCUGUGCUGAAUGAAAGGGAUACAUCAACUAACACACCUACAGCACUAAUGGAUAUUACCACGUCACCGACUGUGGAUGCUGCUGUGCUGAAUGAAAGGGAUACAUCAACUAACACACCUACAGCACUAAUGGAUAUUACCACGUCACCGACUGUGGAUGCUGCUGUGCUGAAUGAAAGGGAUAUAUCAACUGACACCCCUACAGCACUAAUGGAUAUUACCACGUCACCGACUGUGGAUGCUGCUGUGCUGAAUGAAAGGGAUACAUCAACUAACACACCUACAGCACUAAUGGAUAUUACCACGUCACCGACUGUGGAUGCUGCUGUGCUGAAUGAAAGGGAUACAUCAACUAACACACCUACAGCACUAAUGGAUAUUACCACGUCACCGACUGUGGAUGCUGCUGUGCUGAAUGAAAGGGAUACAUCAACUAACACACCUACAGCACUAAUGGAUAUUACCACGUCACCGACUGUGGAUGCUGCUGUGCUGAAUGAAAGGGAUAUAUCAACUGACACCCCUACAGCACUAAUGGAUAUUACCACGUCACCGACUGUGGAUGCUGCUGUGCUGAAUGAAAGGGAUAUAUCAACUAACACACCUACAGCACUAAUGGAUAUUACCACGUCACCGACUGUGGAUACUGCUGUGCUGAAUGAAAGGGAUACAUCAACUAACACACCUACAGCACUAAUGGAUAUUACCACGUCACCGACUGCGGAUGCUGCUGUGCUGAAUGAAAGGGAUAUAUCAACUGACACCCCUACAGCACUAAUGGAUAUUACCACGUCACCGACUGUGGAUGCUGCUGUGCUGAAUGAAAGGGAUAUAUCAACUAACACCGACACUAAUGGAUAUUACCACGUACGACUGUGGUCUGUGCUGUGCUGA